AUGGACCAGAUAUUAACCGUUGCAGCCACCACCAUCGAUUGUGAUCUUCAGUCAAAUGUUGUUAUGGGUACUAACAAAGUUAUCAAGGACCGAGCAAUAAAUUUCUCCCCUCUUUCAAAAUCAGCAGAUUAUCCAAUGAUAUAUGGUGAAGCUGCUAAGACAACUACGGCUGACUCAGAUGAAGCAAGUGAAAGGAAAUAUUGUCGUUUCGUUUGUGUCGAUGGCAUAAAUGAUGAUUUAUCAAUCGGGGUCAUAAUUACGAUAGUGCAAGCGUUGGGUGGAUUAGGACUUGUUCGUAUUACUGACCAAAUAGGAGCAGAGGCUGAAUAUUAUGGAGACUUCCCAGCAACAGUAGUAAGAACAAAACAUGCUGCAACAAUCCUCCAAUAUAUCAAUUCAACAAGCAAUCCAGUGGCAACAAUUCUACCAACAAGUAUUGUCAUUGAUUAUAAGCCUGCACCUAUUGUGGCAACCUUUUCAAGUAGAGGACCUUCAUCUCUUUCUAAGAAUAUUCUCAAGCCUGAUGUUGCAGCACCAGGCAUUAACAUUCUUGCAGCAUGGAUUGGUAAUGAUCACUUAACUGAUGUUCCAAAAGGGAAAAAACCCUCGCCAUAUAUAUUUGAAUCAGGGACUUCCAUGGCAUGCCCCCAUGUUUCACGCCUUGCAGCCAGCAUUAAAUCUGAAAACCCCACUUGGAGUCCCUCUGCAAUCAGAUCAGCCAUCAUCACAUCUGCAACUCAGUUUAACAAUAUGAAGGCUCCCAUUACAAGGGAUUUAGGGUCAGUUGCCACACCUUAUGACUAUGGAGCAGGGGGAAUAACAACAAUUCAACCAUUCCAACCAGGGCUAGUUUAUGAAACCACCACCCUGGACUACUUCAACUACUUGUGUUACAUAGGACUCAAUUCACAAAAAGUAGCAAAACAGUAA